GUGCGCGCCGCCCACGAGGCCUUCUGCAGCUGGCGGGGGGUCUCGGCCAAGGAGAGGAGUUCCUUACUUCGAAAGUGGUAUGAAUUAAUGAUGCAAAAUAAGGAUGACCUUGCCAAAAUUAUCACAGCCGAGAGUGGAAAGCCACUAAAGGAGGCACAGGGAGAAAUCCUUUAUUCGGCCAACUUCCUAGAGUGGUUUUCAGAGGAAGCCCGUCGUGUUUAUGGAGACAUUAUCUCUACCCCUGCCAAGGAAAGGCGGGCCCUGGUCCUCAAGCAGCCUGUGGGUGUGGCCGCAGUCAUCACGCCGUGGAAUUUCCCCAGCGCCAUGAUCACCCGGAAGGUGGGGGCUGCCCUGGCAGCUGGGUGCACUGUGGUGGUGAAACCUGCUGAGGACACGCCCUUCUCCGCCCUGGCCCUGGCCCAGCUUGCGAACCAGGCAGGCAUCCCUCCUGGUGUGUACAACGUCAUCCCCUGCUCCAGGACCAAGGCCAGCGAGGUUGGGGAGGUGCUCUGUACCGAUCCACUGGUGUCGAAAAUCUCCUUCACCGGCUCUACAGUCACGGGAAAGGUCCUGUUGCGCCAUGCAGCCAGCACUGUGAAGAGGGUCUCCAUGGAGCUAGGCGGCCUCGCCCCAUUCAUCGUCUUCGACAGUGCCAACGUGGACCAGGCCGUGGCAGGGGCCAUGGCGUCUAAAUUUAGGAACGCUGGCCAGACUUGUGUUUGUGCAAACCGAUUCUUGGUGCAAAGGGGUAUCCAUGAUUCCUUUGUGAAAAAGUUUGCUGAAGCAAUUCAGAAAAGCCUGCGAGUGGGGAACGGAUUUGAGGAGGGAACCACCCAAGGCCCACUAAUUAAUGAAAAAGCAGUAGAAAAGGUGGAGAAGCACGUGAGUGACGCGAUCUCUAAAGGGGCCACCGUGGUGACAGGCGGGAAGCGGCACCCGUGUGGAAGGAACUUCUUCGAGCCCACGCUGAUGAGCAAUGUCACCGGGGACAUGCUUUGCUCUCAUGAAGAGACGUUCGGGCCGCUGGCACCGGUUAUCAAGUUCGAUACAGAGGAGGAAGCUAUCGCGAUCGCCAACGCCACUGACGUCGGGUUAGCAGGUUACUUUUACUCCCAGGACCCAGCCCAGAUCUGGAGAGUGGCGGAGCAGCUGGAGGUCGGCAUGGUGGGCGUCAACGAAGGCCUGAUCUCCUCCGUGGAGUGCCCUUUCGGGGGCGUGAAGCAGUCUGGCCUCGGGAGGGAGGGGUCCAAGUACGGCACUGAUGAGUACUUAGAAGUCAAGUACGUGUGUUACGGAGGCCUGUAGGAGCCUUCAGUUCCCUAAGAAAUAAAGAAGUGACGCUUACUGACAUAAAUGGGGACAUUCCAGCCAUCAUUUUAAAUAAAGCAGUAGGCUACUGGAAUUAUGGGUAUGUUAGAAUUUAGCUAGUCCUCAUGAUCCCAAGCAGAUGUCAAUCAUCCCCAUCCUCCUCCAUAAGCAGAGGUGAGCCCUGAGCCUGGGACCGCAGAUCCUGGACAGCCAGCCUGGGUCCCAGCAUGACCUGAUCACCCCGGCGCAAGGCGGCGAGGAGCAGGCUCCCUUGGGCCCCUUGGAAAGGCCUGGUCACUGCUCGGGUGUCACAGCCUGGACCUGGCAUGGGGUGUGCAGGGCAGUGGGUCACAGGAGCAGCAGCACUGCGGAUGCUGUGUCUGAGGCAGAUGCUGGACUGACCCUUUCGCAGCCUCUGAAGUAGCCCAGAGUCACCUGCACUGCUGUGUGGGGUACAGUGUGCUUCUCCCUGGGUCUGGACCAAAAGUCUUCACUGUCCCCAGUUCACUGCUUCAGCACCCUUCUGUUGCCUGUAGGAAAUGAGUCUAAGGUGAAAGCAAAGAUUGGCAGAGGCAGGAUGGUACAGCGGUGGGCAUGUGGUCUCUCAGCCUGGCCCGUCUGACCAGCUCUGUGACUUCCGUCAGGGCCCGCACCUCCCACCCUCUCCCCAGAGCCAUUUCUGUCGCCAGCAGGGACACCUGGCCCGCCUGUGCACUGGCAGUAUCUUAGCUAAGAGGAAGGAGCCCGGCACCCACCUGCCUGUCUGCCAGAGCUGUCUGUCCUGGUAGACUGCCACUUGCUCUCUCACUUCCAAAGGAGCGGGGCACCUUUACCACUGUGAUCUCAAAAGAAGAUAUAAUUCCCACAAUUGCCAGUCCACUUUGUGGCUUUGAAUUUCAGGCACCAAUUACCUAAUCAGAGAAACAUACCUAAUUAUAUUUCAUCACGAAGUCUCCGUGGCCAGUGUUGGCUCUCAAGCCAAGAGAAAAAGUCCCAGUGGGAAAAUCCUAGGCUCUUCUAGAAAGGCCUGCUAUUGCCAAGGAGUCCACCUCAGGCUGUUCCUGGGCAAAUGGGCAGAGAUGAAGCCCUUGCAUUCCUCCUUUCAGCGCAUCAUGUGCUGUGGGUACUGCAGGUGCUGGGAGGAAGGUGUGAAUGAGGUAGCACCGGAUACAGCUGCUCCUGAGCCCCGUCUGUACUCAUGACCCUCACUAAGCCACGGACUGGGGGCAGUGCAGAUAAGUAACAGUCUCGAAAGUCCCUGUGCCCAGCUGCCACACAUCUGCCAGGUCAAUACCUGCCAUAUCCUCAACGCCCAAAGGAGAAGGAGCAAAACUGCCUCCUGGUGACACUGCCCAGACCCGUCAAGAGUCACACCGUGUGCUGACAGGCCAUUUCUGCUCUAUGGUUGUUAGAUGGUUUUGUGUAACGUGGAAUUGCUUAAGAUUUGUGUGUGUCCCUCUUUUUUCUAUCGAGAAUACAAAUGCUCUGGUGUUAUUUUCUAGAAAUUGAAUCCUGAUGCAGGGAUGUGUGGGGGAAGGCUCUCCAGUAUGCAUUUAACUUUGUGAGUUGGUGGUUUCUUGGCCAGAUGACACAUUUUUAAGUUUUCUUGCAUAUUUGGCUCACCAGGUACAUAAAUUGAGGGCCAGAGACCACUGCAGUAUCUUUGACCAGUUUUGUAAUUAAAAUAAUUUGGAGGUUUGGGAUAGUGGCUCAGUGGAACAUGAGGCCCCAGGUCCAGUCCCUAGAAGCACCAAAAUAAAAAAUAAUUUAAGAUAAUUUGAAAAGGAAAUAGCUUGUUGUGUAGUAAAAUGGUUUUAGGUUGUGGGAAGAAAGUAUUUUUAUUUAUUUAAUUUUUGGAGGCAGGUGCAGUCUGGCAAUCCUGUCUCAGCCUCCCAAGCAGCUGGGACCAUUAAACAUGUGCCACCAGCCCAGCUCAAAGUGUUUUUAAGUCAGCAUUCAUGGGGGGUUAAUUUUCAGUAAGGUAACCAUAUGUGAUAUAUGGAAUUUUUUGUAGGCAUGUAUCUGUUUUACAAUAUAAGUGGAAAAAGACCAGUGAUUGGCUAACUAUAGCCCAUCAGCCCAAUCUGACCUGCCACUACUUUUGUACAACCCAAGAACCAAGGAUGUUUUUCAUCCUUUCAAAUAGUGGGGGGUGGGAUGUGAAGAGUCCUUUUUUCUUUUUUUUUUUUUUGUACCAGGAAUCAAACUCAUGACCUUGCACUUGCCAGGCAGGCACUUGUGCUGCUGAGCUAAAUCUCCAGCCCUCUGUGAAGAGUUUUUCAUGACACAUGAAAUUCAGAUUUCAAUGUCCAUAUGGGAAACAUGGCCACACCUGCUGGUUUAUGGUUCAGGCAGAAUGGAAAAGUCUGUUCAUGAUGAGCCUGAAGUGUCACUACGCAUCUCCUCCAAGGAGUCUGCCAGUUCCUUAGCUAGACUCCAAGGGAGAGAUGGACCUUCCCACAUUUAUUGGGCAUUAUUUCCUUCUGCUAAACACUUGCCUUGUAGAAGGUGCUUUGGGCUAGUACUGCUGGGAGCCCCCAGCAGUGACCACAGAGCAAGAAAGAGUCCAUGGCCUUAAAAAAAACUUCUUGGCUUCCCCCUCCAGCUACACAGGGGUCCUCACUUCCAGAGCUGAUCUAUGGCUGUGUCUCUGCCAUUUGAGCGGUCUUAAGUGUAACUGUCAUGUCUUCUCAUGCCUAUCUGUAUUUUUAUGUAGAGACUCAGUAAAAUAUGGAUUAGAAGCACAGUGUAACAAAACCUAUUUUCUUACUAGCUGACAUCAUGAACUUGAAAUUGUGCCACAGAACUUGUUUCCUCUAACGGGUGGAUCCCAGUGUUUUAAUUGUCCUUAUCUAGCUAUUUCAAAUAGCAUUUUACUUGAAUAAUAACAUGCUGUGAAUGCUUCAUGCUCUACCUUGGGUAAAAUUUGGGGUAGGAAUAGUGGCAAACAUAAAUGUGUCACUUUAUAAAUGUGUACAUGACUAACUUUUCUAGUUGCUGACAUAGUGUGUAUCUGUCUAAUGCAGAGUUGCACGUGUGUGAUUAAUAAAUGUUGAACUGGGAGAAAUUCUUA